CAGCUGCAUUAUACGUGUAAGCUAAGGAAGUUUCCCUGAAGAAGAAACGCGUGAACUUGCGUCUCAAGGAGGCAGCGCCUACAACAAUGCCGGGAAGAGCCAGAAGAGUUAACGACUCCUCAAAUUUGGGAAGGUGUCAGAGGGAUUUCUGAGAUUGCGUCUCUGACCAUGAACGGAAGUCCCUCUGAGUCAUUUUCGGAGGUUUAUUGAUAGGUGCCAUCUUCAGGACAAAAUCAUCCGCUUCCAUUCCGGUUUUCCCAAUAUACCCACAAGGAGUGACCAGGUGGCAAAUUUGUCUUCCUUGCAGCAAGAUAAAGAUUGUAGUCACAGACGUCGUUACCCAACUCCUCAUCUUCCCACAGUAAAGAUGGCGACAGCUUGACCGUAAGUUGCAGGCAACACCACUUCCGUACUUCCCUUGUGCCCUGUUCCAAGAUGGCGGACGAGGCCACUCGCCGAGUAGUGUCUGAGAUCCCAGUGCUGAAGACAAACGCCGGACCCCGAGAUCGGGAGUUGUGGGUGCAGCGACUAAAGGAGGAAUAUCAGUCACUUAUCCGGUAUGUGGAGAAUAACAAGAAUGCAGACAAUGACUGGUUCCGGCUGGAGUCCAACAAGGAAGGGACCCGGUGGUUUGGGAAAUGCUGGUACAUCCAUGACCUCCUCAAAUACGAGUUUGACAUCGAGUUUGACAUUCCUAUCACAUAUCCUACUACUGCUCCAGAGAUUGCAGUCCCUGAGCUGGAUGGAAAGACAGCAAAGAUGUACAGGGGUGGCAAAAUAUGCCUGACUGAUCACUUCAAACCUCUGUGGGCCAGGAAUGUGCCCAAGUUUGGACUAGCUCAUCUCAUGGCCCUGGGGCUGGGUCCAUGGCUGGCAGUGGAAAUUCCUGAUCUGAUUCAGAAGGGUGUGAUCCAUCACAAAGAGAAAUGCAAGCAAUGAAGGCUCAAAACACUGAGACAGGAUAGAGGGACCUUUGAUAGGCCCUGUUCCUGUUUUCUUGUGCAUGACCUCUGAUGGCUUCCCCCUAGCCUUCCACCUCUGGUUGUUACUAAGUAGCUGCCUCAGGCAUUGCUGCAGGGGAAACCUGCAACAUAGUAAUGUCAAAGUUUCUAAGUUAGCCGCCUGUAUGGACAGAGGAAAGACUUGGGCUUUGGGAAACCAAGAGGCAAUUUAUAGCCUCUGUCCGGAUAGAACAAUGGAAGCCUUGAUCCUGGAGGCAUAGGGGGAAACUGAAAAUGCGUAUAUAGCCCUCUUGGUUUCUGGACAUAAUCCAUCAAUAAAAGCUGCUUCCUGUGUUA